AUGGCUGCGCCGCAGAACGGAGACUCUUCGCAGGGCCACGCCGGCGAUGCCGACCUAGCUCAGGCCUUCAAAGACCUCGCCCGUGGCGAGCAAACCGCUUCCGCCCUCGAGAACCACCUGGAUGCUCUAGAGGCCAGGAUCGAGGACCUGCUGGCAGCCGCAGAUUCGCAGCAGAGCGCUUCCUCUCAAAACACCGCACGCCAGCAGCCGCAGUCAAGCAAUAAGAAGCCUGCCACCGGCGAUGCGCAAAGGGAUUCCUGA